AUGGUCAUUUCACCUUAUCGACAUGUGUUUACUUUACUUAAGUCGGAUAUUGUAAAUAAAAUAAUGAAUGUAAAUCAUUCAUAUUCUAAUUUAGCUUAUGAACUUCAUUGUACAGUUCAAGAAAUACAAGCAAAUUUGAAGGAAACGACCGAAGCUAAUCAAAAACUUUUGAAUCACGUUAAUGUUAAUGUUAAUGAAUUGGUGGGAUCAAUUUCACAAUUGAAAAAUGAAACAAAAGAAGCGGAAAUGUUAAUAAAUGAAUUAAACAAAACUAUUGAAACUACUCAAGAACAUGUUCGACUUGGAGAAGUAGCUAAGGAACUAGCAAAGCGAUCUCCUUCUAAAUCAGAUCUCAUUGAUAUAUUGCGAAAACUUUAUCUUAAAGAAGCGAAUUGUUCUUCAAGUGAUCGCACUGAACGUGAGUCAGGAUCGUGGUGUGUUCGUCGUCUAAAGAACUACCCCCCGGGGACUAGGUUUGGCCGAUUCAGUACGAUGAGACCCAAUAAAAAUAAUGUGGAACCCACCAAUGGGUCCCAUAGUGGCGAAUUGGUUAAAUCAGGUGUAAAAGCAAUGAAUGAGGCUUUCGAUAAGCCAAAGAAACAAGAGCAGCAACUAAAAGAUGAAAUUAACAAAUACAAUGCAACACAACUUCAAUUAACGAAUAUUUCUCAAAAAUUAAAUGAAUUAAAUAAUACUCUACAAGGACAAAUAAAAAUUAAAUCAAUAACUAAUGCACUUAAUGAAGAAUUUCAGCUGAUUAAUAAUCGACUUAAAACAGUAUCUACUUCGUCAAAAAGACUUCUCGAUGUACUGAUGUAUAUGUUGGAUUAUGAAACAAUCGUUAAGCCACUUAAUUCGAUCUAUGACAAAUUAUUGAAUGGGAAUCUGACUGAAUCAAAUGAUUUGAAACUUUCAAAUGAAAUACUAAACAAAACAAAACAAAAAUUGUUAUUACUGACUGUAAAAUUACCUCAAAUUCGAUAUCGUCGAAAAGAAUUUCAUCGUCCAUGUGCAAAUCGGUAA